AUGGACAAUGAUGGAAUCGUUAAUCAAGUAGAUAAUGCUAAAGUUGAUCUUUUCCCAAUUCCUCCUCAAAUACCAACAAACCAAAUUAUCAAUUAGAAAAUUAAAAUUAAUCUAGACCCUAAAUUAGAUAAGUACCAUUAAAAGAGAACGACUACAAUUAAUAACACGGAAUUGAAUGAACUUGAACCCUAUAUUAUAGUUAGUGUAAGAUCUAACAAACCAACGACUCUAGAACCAUCAACUCAAUACUUCAUAAAUUAGGAUGGUCUUAUUGGCUCUCCUAAAACUGCUGACUCUGAAGACAUCAUUAUAGGAAGAUCUCAUGUUAUGGACGUCAAUCCUCUUGAUAUAAUGCUUGAAAAGUAAAAAAACAUUUCAAAAAUUCAUUGUAAAUUAGUUUGCAAGGAUUACUUUAGAAAAGAUCCUAUACUUAAACUUAUUUAUACAUUAGCAUUAGAUAGCAUUAGAACCUAAUCCAAUUUUCCAUUGCCUCCAAGAGCCAGGUUUAUCAUUUCUUAAUUUUUAGAUAAACCAAGACAUGUUUAUAUUUAAGAUUUAGGUAGUUUAGGCGGAACUUCAUUGUUAAUUAACAAUAAAACACCCUAUAUUAUGAAAUAAGAUCAAAUAUUUUGUUAUGGUACCGAUUCAAAUUUUAAAGUUAACUUUUGUCAAUCUUUUAAUGAGGAAGGAAAAGAAAUAGAUGAUCAUUUCUUUUGGUUGUUAAAAAAGUUGAAUCUCUUAAAUAACCCUAAAAAUGAAAUUCAUUUUAACGACCCUGAAUUACAUAAGAAAUUUUGGAAUAUAUAUUAAUAAUAAGGAGACAUUGAAGAUUCUUAAAGUACAACUAGUGAAUAGAAAGACAUUUAUGAUAAACUUAAAGAAUACUAAGUGUCUUUUAUUACUAUCGAAUUCAAAAGUGAGGACAUAAAAAAAAAUAUUUAAAACAUUUUUCUUCAUUUAGAAAAUCAGGAUUCCAAUGAUAUUACUAUAGGAAGAUCGACUGUAAACGAUUUCGUUAUCAAAAUUAAUACAGUAUCAAGGCAAUAAUGUAGGUUUCAAUAUUUAAAAAAUCUGAAAGCAUGGGGCAUUUUUGACGGAACUAAGGAUUCUUCUUCUAUAAAUGGCACAAAGGUUUAAUUAUAAACAGUACAAUAAAAGUAAAAUAGACAAGAAUCGGAUUUAAUAGAGGUAAAAGACGAUGCAGAAAUUAAUGUACCGAGUAUUAUAUUGAAAAUUAAUAUGGUUAAAGGGAGACAAUUUCAAAUUAACAACAACAACGACAUGAAAAAGUGA